AUGCCCACUGUCGCCCACUGUCGCCCAUCUGAUUUGAGCGAGACCGAGAAUGGCAAUGCAUUUUCACAUGCGCAUGCCACAAUAUCCGAAGCUAUCAAACCCAGUAACAUGGCAGUAAUCAUCCUGCCCACCCUCCCAUUCUGGCUCCAUCUCCUCAUCGAGCUGCCAGCAUCCCUCAACUUCUUCCUCAACCCCUCAGAACAGCUCUCCUCUGCCGCACCACAAGCCCACGCUCUCGUCAGACAGUAUGCCGUUCUGCUCUUCGCAUCUAGCUUAGUGGCAUUGAUAUUUGCUACUCGCCAAGUCGAUAGGACGAGCAGGAAUGUGGCGGGGGCGUUGGCUGUGUAUCACCUUGCGCCUUUGGUGAGAGCCGUGAGUCGAGUUUUUGGCGGUGAAAUCGGGUAUGGGAAGGGCCUUGGGGGACCUUGGAUACAUCUUGCUGUUCAUGGGCUUUGUUUCGUGGGAUUGAGUAGGAUGUAUCUCUCGAGACCGUGGAGGAAGAACCUUUGA